AUGAGAAAACGUAUACCAUGCCCAAAAAUGGGUAUCUCGAUAUCCGCUAAGUCCUUGCUGGCAUCUAUCUUAUCAUUAGCAUCAAUUGUUCCGAUUGCAGCUCAGUCAAGCUCAUCAUUGUCGACAGCUUCAUCGUCGUCGGCCGCGGCAUCAUCCUCGUCAUCAGCGACAGGAGCUCAACCGACUUUAGAGGCCCAGACAGUUAGUUUACCGUCUUUAAACUUAGGAGAUCUAGGUAACAUUGGUCUCGUGGGAUCUUUUGAUGGUGUUUCUCAGUACUCAUAUGUCGGCCAGCAGGAGAGUGCACAACUUCCCCAAAAUCCAUAUUUUGACAGCAUAAUUGCCCAAUUAGACAGCGAGCAGUUUCUAAUCCAAGCUCAUUCGAAUGGCAUUGUUAACUCUGCCUGCUUGUUAAGGGACUCCAUCUAUUUCUCAGGAAAUUUCACCAACAUAACCCAAAUUCAGGGUCAAAAAUCCACAUCACAAGCAUAUCCUCUCGGAUUCGCAUAUAUAAAUACCACUACUGGAGAGGUCACGCAUGUAACUUCCACAAAUGCCCCAGAAGGUGCGAUUAAUACGCUUUAUUGCGACCAAAAUUCCAAUACAGUAGUCGCGGGAGGGUCAUUUACUUUCAACAAGACGACUGGUGUUGCAAUUUUUGAUGUCACAGACUCACAAUGGAAAUCUCCGCUAUUUGGUGGGUUUGGUAAUGAAUCAUCAAUAGAUUCAAUUUCUUUACUAUCCAACAACAACAUGCUUUUCGGUGGCUCUUUCACAUCUCUUAAUGCAUCUGACGUCUUCUCGACCAAAAUCAAUACAACUACCUCCCAAGAACAACAGGUUAGUUUCAAACUUGCUCAGAUCGAUGCCGAAGGUACCGCUCCUAAUUCUGAUGCCACAUCAAUUCUUUGCCCAUCUGACUCUUCCUCUUGGGCACUCACCGAUGGUCGUCAAGGCACUUGGCAAGCGAGUCUACCGUAUAGCUUCUCACCGACUCGCCUGCGUUUAUACAACCUAAACGACCCAACAAAUGGUGUUAAAACAUGGAGAUUCCUUGCUUUUCCGAUAAAUGGCAUUAUGAAUUUAACAUAUGUUGAUCCGACUUCCGGCGAAAAAUUGAUUUGCGAUGCGUGGUGCCCCCUGCCUCAACAUGGUACGGUCGACUACCUUGAUUUUGAGUUUAUAAAUGUCAUUGAAAUGGAUGGAUUCCAAUUAUUCCUACUUGAUAACUACGGCUCUUAUGCUGGACUGUCUGGCGUUGAGUUGUUUCAAGAUGGUAAGUAUGACUUGAUGGUCUAG